GUUUUAUGAGGAGAAAGUUUUGAAGUCAAGCGAGAGAAUCGGGAGAUGCCGGCAUCAGCGUGCGGUACUCUUCGUGGCUUCCCCCUUGUCCGGAUCUGCCAAGCGAAGCGAUAGGAGUGCAGGGGAAAACAAUUGAAUUCGACGCACAGCUCGCAGAAGCAGGCGGGCGGGCGGGCCGGCGUUCAGAGAUUGCAGAGACACGGAGCUAACGAUUUGCUUACAGAUCUGGUGAGACAGAAAACGAACAUUCGUCGGGUAGGCUGCAGGGCGGACAGCGGUUGGGUUGAGUGCAAAACGAAGCGGACGACAGAGCAGGGCAGGGCAGGACGGGGAUUGACGGAUGGGAAGCAUUUGCCGAUUAUGAAUGAUUGAUUGGGACGUGCAAAGAGCAGGGACGAAGGAGGGAUAUGGUGGACAUUUAAUAUGGAGUCCGAGAAGGCUAGCACACGUAAUGUGGUAAUCGACUUUCUCUUGCAGGAGCACUAUCACCUUACCGCCUUCGAGCUAUACCAUGAGCUUCUGGAAGAUGGACAGGGUGCAGCUGCGACCAAGCUGCACUCAUUUUUCUCUGAUUCCGACACGUUCCCCUCCGAACAAAUGCGAGCCUUACAAGGAAUCGAUGCUCAGCUACUCGCUGAUGAAAAAGAAGCAGCCAUUGAGAGGGCAGCUGUCACCGAGUAUGAGCUGAGACUUGCCCGAGAAGACAUUAAAAGUCUUCAGGAAAAAUUGGAGAGAAAUUCUGAAAUUUCUGCGGUGGCAUCCGAAUCUGUUGCCCCUACAACUGAAGAGGAAGUUGCUGCUCCGUCGAAGAAAAGAAGCUGUAGAGAUCUAGGUCCUCUCGGAGAUGGGGAUAGAACCGAUUUGAAUUGUGCGGUCAAGGAAUACCUCGUAGCGGCAGGUUACAAGUUGACUGCGAUGACAUUUUACGAAGAGGUUGGGGAUCAAGAUAUGAAUCACUGGCGAAAUCAGGCUGCACAUGUUCCUGAUGCGCUGCGUCGAUAUUAUCUUUCAUUUCUUGCUUCAACUGUGGAUGCAGCCGAGGAAAGAUCAUUACUCCUGUCUGAAAAUGAGUCCCUUCUCAAAGACAAGGAAGCUCUUGGGGAAGAAGUGUCGUCUCUCACGAAGUCCCUGGAGAGCAUCAGGAAGGAAGCCAAAGAGAAAGAUAGACAGAUUCGGCAAUUGAGGGAGUCGUUGGAAAUGACCCAAAAGGAGUUGAAUGUAAACAGAGCGGAAAUGACAUCAUUGAAACUUGAGCUUGAAUCCAUGAUCUCUGGUCGAAAUCACGAGAGGUCUCAAUCAGGAGAUAUUCCUGCUUUGGAGGAGAGACAAAUAGAUGUCAAUGGAAAAGCAGCUGACUCAGUCCCUAGGGAGGAUGUAGUCAAUGAAAGUCCAGUUACUCAGUCUGGACCCAUUUCUUCUACGACCGAUAUGAGCAAAGAAACGAUGAGCUCAUCUGGAACUCUUACAAACGUCUAUACAGAAAGUAAUGGCGAAGAUGGGUAUAAAAGUAUGCUGACCUCCGACGAACUCAGUUCUCACGAGACUAGACGAGAUUCAGUUGACGAGAAACAUGAGACAGAGCUUCAGACUGUCCAAGUACUUGCCGAUACGCUGCCAAAAAUUGUGCCCUACGUUCUAAUCAAUCAUCGUGAGGAGCUGUUGCCACUCAUAAUGUGUGCUAUAGAGCGUCAUCCAGAGCACACAGUCCGAGAUUCUCUUACUCAUACUCUCUUUAAUUUAAUCAAAAGACCCGAUGAGCAACAACGAAGAGUCAUCAUGGACGCAUGUGUCUCUCUAGCGAGGAACGUUGGAGACAUCCGUUCAGAAACAGAAUUGCUGCCUCAAUGCUGGGAGCAGAUAAAUCACAAGUACGAGGAACGAAGAAUACUAGUGGCACAAUCUUGCGGGGAACUUGGGCAGUUUGUGAGAGCAGAGACGCGUCCUUCUUUAAUUCUGUCCAUCAUUCAGCAACUAAUUGAGGAUGAGGCUACGGUAGUGCGAGAAGCGGCUGCGCAGAACUUGGCUCUUCUGCUGCCACUUUUCCCCGACUUGGACAAGUUUUUCAAGGUUGAGGAGCUUGUGUUUCAGCUGGUCUGCGAUCCAGCUGGUAUUGUGGUUGAGGCCAGUCUGGAACAGCUGAUUCCAGCUGUGGUGAGGUGGGCUAAGUCUGAGAAGCAGCUCAUACACCAUCUCUUGAGUGCGCUCAUCUCUCGUCUCCUCGGCUCAGUUCAGCGUUGUCCACCUCUAUCAGGUGUGCAGGAUUCUCUCGAGUUCCAACUUCGUAUCUUGGGAGAAAGAGAACGAUGGGUUUCGGAUGUGUUGUUACGACUGCUGACGCAACUUCUACCAGAAGUGCGGCGAGUUGCCAUAGAAAGUUGUCCAUUUCCAGAUAUAUUUCCAGAAGAAGAAGAGGAGGCUUUUUUCUCCGAUGAGCUUUUGGGGUUGUAUGCAAGGGCAAAUCUACAGUGGCCUGAUUUUGACUGGUUACCAGAAGACUGCUUUCCAGCUUUGUUACAUCUAGCAUGCAUGCUCCCGCCUAGAGAAGAAGGUUUGCGGUCACGAUUGGCCAAGCUUCUUCUUACUGCGAGCAAUCUAUUUGGCGGGGCAUACUUGAUGUCAAUAGUACUGCCGAUUUUCCUGAUGGCUGCUGGUGAUUACGCUGACACGUCACACCUAUCAUCCCGUCUCGCCAAUAGGAUCAAGGGUUUCAAACCAUUGACACCAAGAGCAGAGCAGUUGGCUCGCACUUGUGUUUUACCUCUACUUCUGGCUGGAGUUUACGGUGCUCCGAACAUGAAAGAAGGUUAUCUUGCCGAGUACUUGAAGAAUUUGGUUCUGCAGUCGAGUGUCAAGCAAGGGGCUUGGACACCUGUUCACACACCUGAGCUUAUCGACGCAGUGAGAUUCCUUUGCACCUUCAACCAGCAACACACCGUGAUCGUUGGUGUUUUAUGGGAGCUAGUUGUGAAUCCAAAUGCAAAUGUGAAAUCUACAGCUGCUGUUCUUUUCAAAGCACUUGUUCCAUAUGUGGACUUGAAAUUAGCUCAACAACAGGUUUUACCCGCCCUUGUCACGUUGGGAUCUGAUCCAAAUUUGGAUGUUAAAUAUUCUAGCAUCGAGGCUUUCGGCACCGUUGCCCAACACUUCAAAGACGAAGCGGUUGUUGAUAAAAUUCGGGUUCAAAUGGAUGCAUUUUUGGACGACGGAGACCAUGAAGGAACUGUUGCAGUCAUGCGCGCUCUUGCAGCCGCUGUACCUCAUACAACACCUAGCCUACGUGAUUAUUUGCUGCAAAAGCUUGCCAUGCUAUCAGGUGCAACUACGCAGGGAACAACUCUUAUCCGCAGGCGAGAGAAAGUAGACGUCUUUUGUGAGGCUAUUCGAGCUCUUGACGCCACUGAAAUAUCUGCAGGGAAUGUGAAGGAUCUUCUUCUUCCUACUAUCCAAAAUCUGCUCAAAGAUACAGAUGCUCUGGAUCCAGCUCACAAGGAAGCACUGGAAGUUAUGCAGAGAGAAAGAUCUGGCGGCCGCUUGGAGUCAAUUAGUAAACACCUGAAGAAAACCUCCAUGGGAGGUCUGUUUGGAGAAGGUGGAUACCUUAGUGCUCCAGGUUCUCCAAGCAGUGCUACAGCAUCAGCUCCUGAUAGUCCCCAACCAGCGCCUUCUCCACAGCCGGAGGAGGGUCGACUGAAGCGCAUGAUGCGAGCAAAUUUUGGAGAAAUGAUAAGAGGCAAGAGUUAGGAAUAGACAGGUUAAGGGCAUUGAUUAUGCGAAUUGCUGUGCCUGUCAAUAAGCAGAGGAAGGAAAAAGACGAACAUUCGAUAGUGAAAGCUGCUUCAAUCCAGUCGCAUUAACAGAACUUUCUUCUCUUCGCACGAUGACUUGUACGAUGAACGUGCUUUUUUGGGACAAUCAGGAGGUGAGAUUGUUUGAUCGACCUUCUGUUUUUUGUGUGGAGAAGUCGGUAAGAGUGAGACAGAAUUUAGCGUGGGGUAGGACAUGCCAAGUAUUUCAAACCUGUACGUAUCUGAGUAAAUUUGAUCAAGUCUUAGAAUGACACUCCCGAUGUAAAGUCAAACAGAUGGUACCACGACUGCCUGCGGACGUGUCUAAGCUGGUCUGUUCCUACCUGAUCUUGUUGUAUUCCUCAAUUUUAUAAUAACCUCAACAUGGGACAAUAUUUUUUCGAAU